AUGAACGACGCGAUCAAAGAUGGUAUCGCCGCCAUGACACGUUCAGCCUCUGAGGCUCAACUCAUGGCAGCGCGAUACCAAGCGGCUGGCCGCAGCGCGAAAAGAGAGGCGGCUGGAACGGCUCAGGAAAACGAGAGGAUCUACGAUGAUACAGAUGCACGUGAAGCCCGCUUCGACGCUCAACCAUCUGGCUCCUCUUCCUUACUCUCGCGUAUUUCUGUCGCACGACGCAGGCGCCCAGACGAUGACCCUUCCGAGAACGCUGAUCCAGAUACAGCCGCCGAAAAUGGAUAUGCGGCGCGCGAAUGCAAGCGUAACGGAAAGCACACGUCGGCAUUCACGCGCGACGAACAGAUGCGCAUCAACGAAAUGGUCCCGCUUGGCCCGACCGAAUUCAACGCGCCAGAUGACGAUCCCACGUGGGAAAAGGUGGAGCCAUACAGCAACAUCGCACUGAAGCGUCGCUACUUUGCGCACGAUGCCAUGCAUCUGCUCUAUAAGGACCGAAGGCAGGUGCAGACCUCUAUGCUCUACUCGAUCGCCCGCCUGCGCCCUCACACGGGCUGGCACGGCCGCUUCGCUGCAGAUGGGGCGUACGAACUGCCGUUUGGGAAUGAAGAGUGGGUGCUGAUUACCGUCAUCAUCGGCAAGUCGGCCAUCCAGCUGUCGCGCAAGUUGUCGAAGGAGGUGCGCGAGGAAAAGGUGGACGACCGGCUGGAGCUGCACGGCCAGCAGACCAAAUCUUACGCUCGGCAAGGCCAGCGUAAGUUUUUCCUCGCUUCGCUGAUGGACCUCCGGCGUGCAGGCGGCUAUCGGCGCGGCAUGGGGCCGGGUGGAGACGACGAGCUGGAAAUGCUGCUGCUCGAAAGCGACACGCGCAUCGAUAAGGACCUUGCCCGCGUCAAACGCGAGAGCGGGCUCGAGCUCGAAGGCCAUGUGGGCGACUCGCUGCAAAAGACCAAGUACGACAGCUUUGCCGGCGGCAGCGGUGGCGCAUUUGAGAAGCUGCAUAAGGAGCCCGAGGGCACGGUCAUCGCGAUUGUCAACCCGCGGAUCCUACCGCAGCGCGAAACCCACCGCUGGGGCGGCAAGGAUUCCAAGAUGCUCACUGUCACGCCACGCUCGGCCAGCUCGGUGAUCAUCAUUGGCAAAGCGGAGGAUUUCGCAACGUGCGAGGCGACCAAGCGUAACGGCGAAAGGUGUAGCGCAUUCGUGGAUGUGCGCGUACGCUCUUCGCGAGACGGCAAAGCCGGUGCCGGAUCCAUCUGCAUGUUCCAUCAAGAGCGAGCCAUCGAGCGCGGCCGCACGCACCGUCCCGAGUUUGCGUCGGCCGGCCCGACCAGCAGCAGCGGCCCGGGCGAAAGAGGCGGUUCGCGCUGGAUGAAGCGAGGACGCGACGGAGGUGGCUUCAAUGGCGGUGGUGAGGCGCCCCCGAAGGGCUUCACAGGCAUGGGCAUCGCCGAGGACGGUAUUUCUGGCACCGGAACGGGCGCCACGUACACCGUCGGUGGGCGCAACGACGGCGACUUGAACGACGAGACCAAUAUUCUAUACGACGUCAACGUUCAGCUCGGACGCAAGAGAGAGGAGCGGGAGCAGAUGCUGAAGAAGCGCAAGCGGCAGGAGAUGAUCGUCGCCGAGCUGGACCGCGCGCCGCAGCACAGGCUCUCCCGUGAGACGGAUGCUCGGCUCCAGGCGCUCAAGCUGCAAGGCAGGAACGAAAAGGAGCUGGACAACUGCCAUCUGUGGCGCACGCAGAAACGCAGCGACGCUGCCGCAUACAUCAUGCAGCGCGCCGAGCGCGCACUACAAGCACAGAUGCAGCAGGCCCAAAAGGCAAAGAGCGGCCGCAGAGGCAGGCUGGUGCUCGACCAUUGCAGCGUUACCCUCAACAGUGACGAGGAGAAUCGUCAGAAUCCGAUGCAGGAGACAUCGGCAGGCAGCACCAGAGGCCCCCGCUAUCGCUACAGCGCCGAAGCCAUCAAGAAGAUAGGCUUUAACCCGCUCACGGACGCAUACGGAAAGCUUGCAAGCGGCGAUGAAGGAGGGGAGGCGCACGAUAACGACAUUAGAGAGCGUCUCCUUGCGCGUGGCAGCGUGGAUAGCCAGACGCUUGCCGAGCCAAAACUGCGGAUAAAGGGCGCGCCGAAAUGGCGGAACGUCAAGGCUCCGCUCGGUGCUACCCAAACGGGUCAGCAAAAGGCAUACGAUGAGAUGUACGGAGUCGACGUCGGCGCCUUCUCGGAUUACAGUCUGUCAGAUCUGGACAGCGGGGACGACGAUGUGUUCUGA